GCCUGUUCUUGUUCUCCUUGGUCCUCCAAGGAGAAUAUUCUCCUUGCCCGUUGAUUCCAGUCGCAUAAGAUGCGGUGGCCGCGAAUGUCCAGCGUAACGAUAUCUGUCCUGACACCUUUCUGCGCUAAACGGUUAAAUCCAGCCUGGCGUUUUGCGUACAGCGCUCCAGGCUGGUCUGUUCUCUGCAGACGACGAAUUUAAAAGCGGAAACCCAACGUGUCGGUCUGUGAAUCAGCCAGCUCCUCAAUUUUGCUGAUUAAGGCUAUGAAAGACUUACCGCGACAGGCAACGCAAAAGAUAAGCUACCAAAAUGUUAGCCCUGCUCAUUUGCAGCAAUUUGUGUGUGUGUGUGUGUGUGUCAGGGUGGGGAACAGCAUACGGCAUUAGCUGACAAGAUUUAUACACCCUGACUGAGGUCAGUUAACAUCAUGUUUUCCUUAAGCAGAUGGGGAUUAUGUAGUUCUGCCUUCCUGAAGGCAAGCGUUCGUUAACUGCAUUCGUCCAUUACAGGGACUCUGCUGUAUGACCUUCUCGAAUGUGGGAAAAUGCAAAACGUUCAGUCACGUAUAUUUAUUUUUAGUCAAGAGGCAAAGCCUUUAUAGCCCUGUGGUUUAAUCAACUUCAAACAGUCAAGCAAGCAGAAGUUUGCAAAGACUCAGCUGGACUGUUGGCCUGAGCACCAAAGCAUGGCGGGAGUUUAGUUCGCAACUCACUAUUCUAGUAAGCAGUCGGAUUAGAAUUGGCACCUGAAGCGGAAGUCAGCACACAACACAAGUGCCACUAAAAUUGCAUUAACUUUUAAAAGCGAUACAGGCAAAGAAAGUAAAAGUCAAAUCAUAUGAAGUAUGAAGUUUUAAAGAAGGCUUUAUUUUAUUAAUAUUUCUUGCUGUUAUCCAUUUAUCUGUCUAGUUUUUGUAAGGACAAUCUAUGCUGUUUUAGAAGGUGAAGCUGGUCACAACGUUUGCAUUGUGAAAAAGUUGGCUGAAAUGGGCCGAAGUUAGCUUUCUUCGUACAUCGUUCUGCUUUUUCUUGAAAACCUGCGGAAGAGGGGAAACAACAGGAAAGACACAGAGAGUUCUCACCCAUUACUGUGAAAAACAACAUCCUAUGAGUUUGUUUCAAGCUUUCUCCCUCAUCACCGGCCUCAGAUAAUCUGUUCCCCAAGCUGUUCUCAGGGGCAGUUAUCCUUGCUGGAGACAUGGCCUGCCAUGGCUGGAAGCAGUUCCUCUUCUUGGGCAGGCAGAACCCCUUUGCCAGAGAUUGGAGGAGCAGGAAGGGAAGCCCUUCUCUGGGUUGGAAACGCUGCUGCCACUGGAGUGCUGGCAGGUCUGUGGACCCCGAGGUGAGAGCGUUUUUGGAGGAGAACACGGAGGUCACCAGCAGCGGGAACCUCACGCCAGAGAUACGACUGCGUCUCCUCACCCCUCGCUGCAGGUUCUGGCAUGAAAAACUUGACCUGUGGCCUUAUGGGGACCCAUUCUGGGCGAUUUACUGGCCAGGAGGCCAAGCCCUGUCCAGGUAUAUUUUAGACAAUCCGUGUGUUGUUAAAGGGCGAUCAGUUUUGGAUCUUGGAAGUGGAUGUGGAGCAACAGCAAUAGCUGCUGUGAUGAGUGGCGCAUCCCAAGUCCUUGCUAACGACAUUGACCCUAUUGCAGGAAUGGCAAUGAUCUUAAACUGUGAAUUGAACCAUCUGAAUCCCUUCCCCAUCACCAUUAAGAACAUCAUUAAUUCAGAGGUGGGCAACUGGGACCUCAUUUUUCUAGGGGAUAUGUUUUAUGAUGAACAACUUGCUGAUGAUCUUCAUCACUGGCUGAGGAAAUGCAUCAGGGUACGGCAAACUAAAGUGCUGAUCGGUGACCCUGGCAGGCAUGAGUUUUUACGGCACAGAAUUCACAGUCAAUUGCACAAAGUUGUAGAAUAUUCACUUCCUGAAUCUACUAGACAAGAAAACAAUGGAUUAACAUCAAGUAUUGUCUGGAGUUAUCAGCCCUCAGAUAGCUUUAAAAGCUGUUAAGGCUCACUUUAUAAUUUGGUAAUUUGGUCUCACUUGGUUGUUGUUUUUUGUUUUGUUUUUUAAAGUGUAUAAAAUGAAAACGGGACUUAAACUUGGCACAGAUCUGUUGAUGCACAGUAGACUACUGUUCCUCUCCUGUACUGAUUUCAGCUAUACUUGUCAAGACUUUGGCUCCGUUUGAGAAAAACAGCAGGCAAACUUUAUUUGAAUUGACCUGCACUGAAGUGCCAAUCCACAGAUAAAUUAUGCUCAGGAGUUUGCAUGCUUGAUGUUUUUCAUGUAUGUUAAUGUAUUAGUCUCGCUCUUUGAUGGUAUUGUGAAAUGUUUUAGACUUCCACUAUACACCUGUGGGGAGGGAGGAGGAUGGUGGUUGAAAGAUAACUGCGCUCCCUUCUCAGACUUCUGCAGCUCAUUUACAAAGAAAAUUAUUGCUAUCCUUCAAGAAACUCUCUCUGCUCGAUUAUUAGCUCAUAUCAUACUCAACUCAAAGUGCCUUGCUCUUUACCUGGAUAUCCCUUCUGAAUGUAACUAAUUGGGAUCUCCCUUUUCCCCUCUAAAAUAAAGUCAACUCUUCCUUUAAGCCCCAGAGUGAUCAUUUAGGAACCAUGCAUAAUUCUAAGACAUCCUUCUUGACUGUGUUAGUUAUUCCAGUUGUUAGUAACUUUUACUAAGUAGUAAUAGCUGUAGGGUAACUUUAGCAUUUAGACAGGACAUUCAAAUGAUCUACGCUCCCUAACCUUGCAGGGAAAAAAAAGGCAACCUAUCAUGAUAGGGAACUGGUGCAGAAUGAAGAAAUCUUUCUUUCCAUGAUGCUUCUAAACAGGGAAUGAGAAGAAAAAAAAUCAAAUAUAAUUAC